AGGCUGUGAGCAUCGCUGUUCUCGGGGGAAGACCUCCGUGCCCUGCGGGGCGGCGCAGCGCUCCUCCGAGAGCGGCGGGGCGGCCGGGCAGGUGCUGCACGGGAGGGCUGCGGAGGCGCAGCUGUCGAGCCUCUCUGCUUCUUUCUGCUCCUCGUUUCUUUCUUCCGCUCUUUCUCUCCGUCCCCUCUUUCUUCCUCUCCCCUCUUACUUUACCCUCCCUCUUUCUCUGUUUAUUCCCCCUAUCUUCUCUCUCCCCCCCUUCCUCUCUCCCCUAUUUCCUCCUGCUCCACCUCUUCCCUUUCUUUUCCCUUUUUUUUCCAUCUUCUCCGGUUUUUUUUCUCCCGUUCCUUUUUUUUUUUCCUUAAUUUUCCCUCUGCUCGCCUUUGUUUUUUACUUCUCACCUUUUUCUUCACUCCGUCAUCCCUUUCUUUCCUUUCUUUUCCUUCCUUUUCUCCUUGUUUUUCCCCUCCCCUUUCUGCCUGUCUGUCUUCCCUUCCUCCGUUUGCCUUUUCCCGUAGCAGAGGUGAAGGGGAGCCCAGGGCAGGCUGUUGGCCUCGAGGGUGCUGUGUUGGUGUGAAAUGUGUUAGUGAGCGCAGGGUUCAGGGGACAUCUGAUGCUCCUGGGGUGUUGCAACCUGAGCUAUGCCCUUUUUUUUUCUUUUCCCAUUCUGCUAAAGAUGCUAAAACUGGGAAAACCCUGAAGAAAACUUUUUAUUUUCAUUACUUUUUUUUCAGGAGAGCAAAGUUGUUUAUAAGGUUGUGAAUAGUUUUCUGUGACCCAAGUUGGGUGGGAGGACUCAGAAGCCUGACAGGAGGCUCAGUUGUGCUCUGGCAUAUUGCCUCCUUUCAGUAUUGCUCAGAAAAGUAGAUUUCUUUGUGGGAAAGAGGAGGAGUGGCAGCAGGAGGGAAUUGCUGUUUUGGCGUCUGCAAUUUUGAACUUCUUCUUUAACGGAAUAUGAAGUGGGUGACCGCAGAGCUGGCAAGAGUGACAGAAAUGGUAGUAAGAGAAGAAGCUCUUUCCUGAUGGUAUUUCUAAGCUCAUCUGAAGGAUUUUGAAGAGACUAUCUCACACAAAAUCUCAAAAGGCUUCGGAGACUGCUUUCUCAGUGAGAAGAUAAUGCAUUACUAGCAUCCAGGAAGUGAGUGGAUUUUUUCUUCAACAAUUCACCAAAUUCCUGAGAAACAGAAACUGUUUUUUCUGAAGUUGUUAAAGCUGACAUGAGCAGAGUGGAAGGUGAUUUUUUUAGCCCUGCAAAUCUACCUAGUAUUUGAAAUGCUGAAGAGGAAAUUACGGUUUUGCCACAACUUGCGCUUCAGGCUUUUCUUGGGUUUAACUCUUAUAUUAGUAAUCAUUUCAGUUUUGAAAGUUAACCAGAAACAAGACUUCUUAAAUCGGAGACAUCUUGAGUUAACAAAAGAAGAUCCUGUUGGCAGUGUUAAUUGCACCAAGAUUAUAGAGGGGGAUAUAGAAGAACUUCAAAAGGUAAAGCUUGAGACGUUGUCUGUGUCGUUUAAGAAACGCCCCAGACUAACAACAAAUGAUUAUAUUAACAUGACAGCAGACUGUGCCUCCUUCACCAAGACUAGGAAAUACAUUAUGGAACCUCUAAGCAAUGAAGAAGCAGAAUUUCCAAUAGCUUACUCAAUAGUGGUUUAUCACAAAAUUGAGAUGCUUGACAGACUUCUAAGGUCAAUCUAUGCCCCUCAGAAUUUUUACUGCAUUCAUGUUGACAAAAAGUCUCCAGAAUCUUUUUUUGCUGCUGUGAGGGGAAUAGUCUCAUGUUUUGAUAAUGUCUUUAUUUCCAGCCAGUUAGAGAGUGUUGUAUAUGCUUCGUGGAGCAGAGUGCAGGCAGACAUUAACUGCAUGAAAGAUCUCUACAGAAGAAGUUCAAACUGGAAAUACCUAAUAAAUCUCUGUGGCAUGGACUUUCCAAUAAAGACCAACCAGGAAAUAGUAGAGAAAUUAAAAGCCCUUAAAGGUGAAAACAGCUUGGAAACAGAAAAAAUGCCUGUUUAUAAAGAAGUAAGGUGGAAGAAACACCAUGAGGUUAUAGAUGGUAACAUAAAGAACACAGGCAUAGACAAGCAACUACCACCUCUCAGUACUCCAAUUUUUUCUGGUAGUGCCUAUUUUGUAGUUAGCAGAAGAUUUGUAGAAUACAUAUUAGAAAGCAGCAAAAUACUUAAGUUCAUUGAGUGGGCAAAAGACACUUACAGCCCAGAUGAGUACUUGUGGGCAACAAUUCAGAGAAUCCCUGAAGUCCCAGGUGCAGUUUCUUCUAGUGACAAAUACGAUGUUUCUGACAUGAAUGCACUGGCCAGGUUUGUCAAGUGGCAGUACUUUGAAGGGGAUGUGUCCAAAGGUGCACCCUACCCACCAUGCAGUGGAGUUCAUGUUCGCUCUGUCUGUGUUUUUGGGGUAGGAGACCUAAACUGGAUGUUACGAAAUCACCACUUCUUUGCUAAUAAGUUUGACACUGAUGUUGACCCUUUUGCAGUGAAAUGUUUGGAAGAGUAUUUGCGACACAAAGCUUUGUAUCUGCAAAAGAACUGAAAUACUGCAUGCUCCUGUUACAAAACAUAGGUACAAGUAGUAUACAGCUAUGUACUUUUAACAUGUAACAGCAAUGGUGGUGAUGCUGAUCAUGGGUAUAAUGGUUCUCACCAUGUCAAUAUGGUGGUGAUGAUACCCUCCCUGCCUUGUCCAUGGACAAGAGGGAGAGAAGACAUAUCAAGAUGGGGAUGCCUUGUGUUGCACACUGAGGUUUAGAACUUUAGCUAUAAACUAGAAGACAGCAAUUUUUGGAAGGUCAACUACUUGGAAUAUUUAUUAUCUAAAAGGUGUAGUUAAUGGACUUCCUUUAGGUAAACUAUUUGUUUUAAGGCUUGGAAAAUGCAUGUUGUUCAUGAUUAUUUGUCAGGUUUUUUUCCCAUGAAUGUAAUGCUAGUUGAAAGGGAAAGAUGAAGAGGCAGGAAAAAAAGGGGGGGAAGAAGCAGCUGGACUGCACAGGCUUCGUACUGAGUGCUGAAAGAUCUCAGGAAAAUAACAUUAUAAUUAGUCUGAAAACCAUAUAAAAGGGAAUAUACCAAAGCCAGCUGUCUUCAUUUAACUUAAAUCUGGUUGCUGUAAUUCUGUAAUAUGUAAUUCUUAAUCCUCCUGAACAUUUCAACUUCAGCAUGGAGUAUUAAGGACUUGUGUCUAAAUUUUUGUAGGCGAAUCUUGCUUUUGUACUCUUAAACCCCCCAAUAAUGUGAUAUAAAGUUUAUACACUAGUUUGUAAUUACAUCUUCUCAGGGAAACUUAAGUUUUGUGCCUGAUGAGAGUUAGACUUGGAAUUUUACACUUUUUACUGUAUCACGAAUCUUGCUUUUGGAUCCAAAAUGACUCAAGUUUCUCAAAAACUUUAAAGAACUUCAGUAGUGUCUAAAUGUCACUGGUGGAAUUGCUGCUUGCUUUCUUCUGUCAAGCUCAACUUGUAUUCCAGGUUCUUUUAACACUGAGUAUGCAAAAAUAAAGUUAUUUUUCUUAAUGAUA